AUGGAAGAAAUGUUAAAUGAGUGGAAUAUCGAUAUAAAAAAUAAAACAAUUAUUUGGGUAACUGACAAUGCAAAGAAUAUGAUAAAAGCUGUUGAGUUGAGUAAAGAAUGGAUACGAAUUCCCUGUUUUGCCCAUACUCUCCAAUUGUCAGUAAAAUACUGCAAAAAACAAAUGCCUAAAUUCAAUGAAUUAGUAAAAGCUACAAGCAACGUAGUGACUUAUUUUUCUAAGAGCACAAUUGCCGCUGAAAUGUUGGAGGAUGUACAACAAAAAUUGAAUCCUAAUGUUACUCCAUUAAAAUUUGGUACACUAAGAGUACCAGUAGAAGCUGUAACAACAGAGAAGAAAAUUGUAAAAAAAUUAGCUGAAGAGGAUUGGGUGUUAAUGGAAUUAAUGAAACAAAUCAAAGAAGCUACAAUACUGUUGAGUGGCGAAAAAUAUCCCACAGCUUCGCUAAUCAUUCCUGUUAUUAAUUUGCUAAGAGGACAACUGCAAUCAAAAAUUGAUAAUAGUGAAGGAGAAAUAAUGAUUCUGACCCGAAAUUUGUUACAGAGUUUAGAGACUAGAUUUAAAGAAUGUUUGCAGUCAGACAUUUUAAUAGUCGCAAUGAUUGUAAAUCCUCAUUAUAAAGAUAAAAUAAUAAAUAGCGAUCACGAUAGAAAAAAUGUUAUUAAAGUUUUUACAAAAAUAAUGAUGACAAAUACGAAACGCGAAGUUACCAAUAAGCCAUUUCUUGAAAUAAAAAAAGAAAACACAAUCAAUGAGAUACAAAAACAAAUACUUUGA